CGCGGGACCGCCCCUUUGCCUGUGUUGCUCUGGUCUCUAAGGGAAACCCUCCAAUGAACGUCAGCACAGAACACAUCCUCCUUGCGGGGAGGUCACGCGGAACCACUUCCGGUUCCUGAGCGCGCUUACUCCGUGACCAGGGGAAGCGGUAGCCAUGGCAACGCGUUCUUCACCUUUCCCUUGUCCAUGCGUGGGGUCACGUUGGGAAUGAUUCCUGAGCGACUUUUCGCAGUCAGCUUUCUAGCUGGCAGUGCUUCUCGGAAUCGAGACACACGUGAGAAGUUGAAAAUCCCCCGGCGCACUUUUCGAUGGGGUUGGGGAGGAACUACAGUUCCCGGCAUGCAACGUACUAGGGGGAAAACACUGUAGUGCAUGCUGGGAAUCGUAGUCUUUGAUCAGCUGCGCAGUUUGGCCCUUUCGUCUGCCUUUUUCCCAGUGUGUCUUUGCGGGAACUCUGCGCUGCGUGUUUUAGAAUUUAUAUCUCGUUCCCAGUGCCGUAGAAAGUUCUACGUAUUCCAGACUCUCUAGUGUACACAGCCUUCAGAACCUAGAAAGCCGCCAGGCCUUGGCCGAGGCCGCCCAGCGUUCUGGGGGUCGGCCUGAGUCCGGCCCAGCCUCCGGUUCAUGGACGCGCCUUUCCGAAUCUGGCUUCUCGUGCGUCACGUGGGCAGCCGGAGCUUCUGAAAAAGAUGAGUUCCAUCACUGUUCUGCAUUUCACAACAUUUCUUCCCCUUUUUCUCUAGCUCUGAACAAGUAAGCAGCCAGUUCUGAAACUGCAAAUUCCAUCUUAACUGGUGAAAGCAACAAACAUAACCAAUAAAGCAGCAUUUGGUAUGGAAAUAAGUUGCAUCAAGAAAAAGCUCGUAAAGCUAAGUAGUUUUCAUUGAAUAUUUUGCUUCUGAGCAAGGUGCAAGCAUAUCUACAUCAUUGCUGGAGGGCGUGUGUUCUUCCAUUAGGUCAGUGGAAUUGAAUUCCCAGUGCGUGUAGGUGAAUGGAGUGUCGUAUGAGCCUGCACAGCUUAAGAUAAAAAUGAUCACAGAACUCCAUCAGAUUCUUAGAUCCAGACUUCUUUGCCUCUCACAUGCCAGGGACAUUACUGGUCCUGGCCCUUAUUAUAUUUUGAUUUGUUCCUCUUGUCCUGACCUCAACUUCAUACCUCUUUUCAUUCUUGCUUCUGGUCACAGUCGUGGGUCUUGGCUUAUUCUGUUGCUGGAUACACUAGGCUCCUUUUCUGCAUUUGCCUUCCUUUUCACACUCUUAGCAAGUCCCCUUGUGUAGUUUUCAAAUUCACAGGGCGGCAGAAGGAGCAGGUGGCCAACGGAACACCGGGAAGGUGGAAUGGGGGGCUGAGGAAAAGAGGGAGAGCCUUGUAACCAGUGCCCACUCAUCACCCGUGGUUCUCAGCUCUUCAGCAAAAGCUCUGGGGAAAGAGAGGAUCCGUGGACUUCCUGUAAUCCUAAAAAAGAAUGUGUUUUUUUCUUUUUCACUCCUAACUUAAACUAGAUUGUGUCUCAACUCUGAUCUGUCCAUUGGUUGGCAUCACCUUCAAAUAUCUAUAAGAAAGAAGGCAUUUUGGGGAAAGAUUUCAAUCUGUUUAUAGUGAACAUAAUUAGGGGGAAGUCAUAGAAGCAGUGGAGGUCAGUGACUGCACCAGGAUGAAAAUUGUUUUGUUUUAAGGGUGAUGUCAUCUCUGAGCAAAGUGAAAUGAGCCAGGAGGCAAAUGAGAAUGUAGACAGGUCUGCCCAAUUCCUUUUAAAGCCCCAGAAACCCAUUCAGCCUUACAUCUGCUCGACUCUGGAUGAUUUUCAGGAAGAGAGAGACUAUUCGGCAAACUACAUCUUCCCUCAGCUGAGCGAAUUCUGCAAUUCCCGGGGUGCGUGUUUCAAAGCUGUGGACCUGAGGUGGUCAGCGUUGAAGGCCCAGGCGCCCUUACCCUUCAAUCUAUUUAGACAACAUUUUUGUCUCCACUAGCGACAUCUGAAGCUCUGUCUGGACUGCGUGAACAGCUGCUUUUCCUUUUUUAUCUGCUUGCUGGGUCAGACAUACGGGGACUUUCUCCCUGACUACUCACCUGUCAUGUUCUCCAAGGCAACUGACUUGUCAAGUUUAUCCAUAAUGGAACAGAAUCUCUAUGUUGCUGCAAAAAACUGUUAUCCUUGGGUCCUGGAGAAUCCCAACCACAGUCUGAUUGAGUUAGAGAUCAUCCAAGCAGCAUUUCUGAAUGAGUCUCAAUUUCAGUAUUUUUACUUUAGGACAGGAACCAUGCUGCUGAAGCCUAUGGACGAAGAAAAGGAGGACAUGCUGUCCGCAGGUUUUCUGUUCAAUGAUGAGGAAAAAUUAAAGAUUGGAAAGCUUAAGGCCAAGAUUAUUAGCAAGGGGCUACCUGUCAGGUUGUACAGAGAUCUCUGUGACUUGGGUGAGCUGGUUCUCAAGGACUGGUUGGUUAUGAUAGAAAAACUUUACCCAGCCACUUUAAUCAUGGAAAAUAUAGACUUCAAGCACAACUUUGAACGUUUCUAUCACGAAGAGUUCACUGAGAAGUGCAAGGAAGUGUUUGUUAUUUCCAAGGAGUCAAACAGAACCUUUGAAAUCUUGGAAAGAUUUGCCUUAAAGGAUGUGGAAUUUGAUUUUAAUAAUGCCGCAGCAGGCCCCAGCCUAUCUAUUCUCAGAUGCCGAUUAAUGUCCUUCAUUGUGAGAUUUCUGAAGCUUCUGGGCAAGACCAAUGAAGCAGAAGAGUUAUUCUUGAGUGUUGAGAACAUGUUAGUGCAGAUCUGCUGCCGGAAACGCUUCUCUUGCAAAGAUGAAAUUUCAAGAAUGCUUAAAUAUCAGGAGAAGUUUGGUGAGAAAAACAUCCUAGUUGGAGAAAUUAUGGAAUUUUUAGCGGAUUUACUGUUUUUCCCACUGAGACAUAGUGAAAGCACCACCCCAGGCCUUGUGAGGAAGACGUAUGCAUUGUACUUCAAGCCUCUGUGGACUGUGUCUCUGGUACCACACCCCACUGGUCUGUCUUCUGCAAGACCUAGGCCAGAGCCUGCAGUGCCUCAGACCCCACUUUCGUGCCACCCCUUCUCGCCGGGGAAGACCUCUCACUCACUUGCCACGUGUGGGGCUUUCCUCGGCUCUCCAUGCAAAGGGGUUCUGCAGCGGCAGAGACAGAUUGGACUUACCUCCAAAUGCAUGGAAAGGCAGCGGGGUAUGCGGGCAGGUCAAUUAUUGAUAAGUGACUCUUGUCAUCAAGUCAUGAUGGAGGCUGUGGGCUAUUUGUACAGAUCACUUGAUUCAAGGGACACCUACCUGGGAUCUUCUCAUUCAUCGAUCAGUGGGAUCCUGCACCUCCUGAGGGACACUGAGUGGAUCCGGGGUAGGAGAUGUUGGCCUCAAGGCAUGAGCCAGCAAUAUUCUGAGGGUCCCAGGAAUGGCGCCUCAUUAUGGGAGCACUUGAUUAAGUUAAACUAUCACAGUGCUCAGAGUUCCGACGCAGUGAGCUCGGCAGUGUGCACCAAGGCAGAUAAGCUCCAGGGGGCUAAAAGCUUGGACUUGGUGCCUCAUACAAUUUCAGAUAAAUCAAAAUAUGCUUCAGGACAAGGGAAAAAGUUCUUGAGACCCAUUAUUUCCGUUUCUGCUGAGGAAAAGACCUGACUGAAGACACAAAGUAAUGUUGCAAUAUGGCAGAAAGAUUGUUCCUCUAAGAUUUUAUCUUUGGGUAAAAUGGAUGGUGCAGUAAAGCUUUCACGGCAAAGGAUUUUGUCAGCUAAAAGCGAGAGUGAAAAACGCCAAAUUACCGCAGUUUACCAGCAUCCCCUGCUAGGGUCUCUUAGCACAAAUAAUCCCUGCGAAUCCUUAUCUGAGCUCAUCUCAGAGAAGUGGCUUUUUCAUAGGCCAGAUUACAGUUCAAUUUCUCAGAAGUGUUUUUUGCAGAGAAGAUCUCAGUUUGAAACAAAAUUGAUGAAGUCCUCAAAUGAUACUAAUAAAGAAUAAAAAUUAUCACGGGCUCUUCUGUGUCAGUAAUUUUUUUCUACUUGUCUUUA